UUUAACAGAGAGAAGAGAAAGUUCUGACUUUUACAUCUCCUCAUGUAGCGAUUGUGGAGAGUCUUUUCAAGCGACAAAGAAAGUUCGGACAUGAAAGUUCUGAACUGAAAAGUCCCUGGAAUCUGUUUUUCCCAAAGCGUGCGGCAUGAUGAAGCCACUGCUGCGGUGUAGCGUCUCUCUGUGGUCUAUCCUGGUCUUCAGCGCUCUCCUCAAGAUCUCCCAAGCACAAUGUCCCGGUAUUAAAUGUAGCAGCAAUGAAACGGAAACAUUUACAACGACGACAACAACAGUCACGUUUGGAUCCAGAAACAAUUGCACCCUCUCCAUCAUCAAUCAAUCAAUCUCAAUCCCUGAAAAUGGUUCGACAACUGGUUUGAUUCCUGGAGCAGUCUAUCAAAUCUCUAGUAGUUGUUUGAACUGCUGUACAGAGGCCACCACAAAGCCUGGAGUGGUCAGGAACCUCACUGUCACUAAUAUCACAACAUCCUCUAUAUUUCUGACGUGGACUAAACCAGAUGGAAACAGCUCCUCCUAUAGAGUACAGUGGACCGGUGGAAAUGUAACUUACAAUGACAGUGUGACUCUAACACAGAAAAACAUUACUAACCUGACUGCUGGUGUCCAGUACAACAUUAUUGUUACUGCAGUGGCAGAUGAUGGCAUUACUGAAGGAGAGAAAGCCAGUGUUUCUCAGUACACAAAGCCUAACGUUGUCAGGAACCUCAGUGUCUCUAAUAUCACAACAUCCUCUAUAUCUCUGACGUGGACUAAACCAGAGGGAAACAGCUCCUCCUAUAGAGUACAAUGGACAGAUGGAACAAAUAACUGGAGUGAUUAUGUUACUGACACGGACAUAAGUGUCACUGGGCUGACUGCUGGGGUGCAGUACAAUUUGACUGUCCUUGCAGUGGCUGGAGAUAACACAACUUUAGGAGACGCAAUGACAAUGUCACUGUAUACAAAGCCUAAUGUUGUCAGGAACCUCAGUGUCAGUAAUAUCACAACAUCCUCUAUAUUUCUAACGUGGACUAAACCAGAGGGAAACAGCUCCUCCUAUAGAGUACAAUGGACAGAUGGAACAAAUAACUGGAGUGAUUAUGUUACUGACACAAACAUAAGUGUCACUGGGUUGACUGCUGGGGUGCAGUACAAUUUGACGGUCCUUGCAGUGGCUGGAGAUAACACAACUUUAGGAGACGCAAUGACAAUGUCACUGUAUACAAAGCCUAACGUUGUCAGGAACCUCAAUGUCAGUAAUAUCACAACAUCCUCUAUAUUUCUGACGUGGACUAAACCAGAGGGAAACAGCUCCUCCUAUAGAGUACAAUGGACAGAUGGAACAAAUAACUGGAGUGAUUAUGUUACUGACACGGACAUAAGUGUCACUGGGUUGACUGCUGGGGUGCAGUACAAUUUGACUGUCCUUGCAGUGGCUGGAGAUAACACAACUUUAGGAGACGCAAAGACACUGUCACUGUAUACAAAGCCUAACGUUGUCAGGAACCUCAGUGUCAGUAAUAUCACAACAUCCUCUAUAUUUCUGACGUGGACUAAACCAGAGGGAAACAGCUCCUCCUAUAGAGUACAAUGGACAGAUGGAACAAAUAACUGGAGUGAUUAUGUUACUGACACGGACAUAAGUGUCACUGGGUUGACUGCUGGGGUGCAGUACAAUUUGACUGUCCUUGCAGUGGCUGGAGAUAACACAACUUUAGGAGACGCAAAGACACUGUCACUGUAUACAAAGCCUAACGUUGUCAGGAACCUCAGUGUCACUAAUAUCACAACAUCCUCUAUAUUUCUAACGUGGACUAAACCAGAGGGAAACAGCUCCUCCUAUAGAGUACAGUGGACAGAUGGAACAAAUAACUGGAGUGAUUAUGUUACUGACACAAACAUAAGUGUUACUGGGCUGACUGCUGGGGUGCAGUACAAUUUGACGGUCCUUGCAGUGGCUGGAGAUAACACAACUUUAGGAGAUGCAAAGACAAUGUCACUGUAUACAAAGCCUAACGUUGUCAGGAACCUCAAUGUCUCUAAUAUCACAACAUCCUCUAUAUCUCUGACGUGGACUAAACCAGAGGGAAACAGCUCCUCCUAUAGAGUACAAUGGACAGAUGGAACAAAUAACUGGAGUGAUUAUGUUACUGACACAAACAUAAGUGUCACUGGGUUGACUGCUGGGGUGCAGUACAAUUUGACUGUCCUUGCAGUGGCUGGAGAUAACACAACUUUAGGAGAGGCAAUGACAAUGUCACUGUAUACAAAGCCUAACGUUGUCAGGAACCUCAAUGUCACUAAUAUCACAACAUCCUCUAUAUUUCUGACGUGGACUAUACCAGAGGGAAACAGCUCCUCCUAUAGAGUACAGUGGACCGGUGGAAAUGUAACUGACAAUGAGAGUGUGACUCUAACACAGCAAAACAUUACUAACCUGACUGCUGGUGUCCAGUACAACAUAGUUGUCACUGCAGUGGCAGGUGAUGGCAGUACUGAAGGACAGAGGAUAGCAAUUUUUCAAUACACAAGACCUGGUAAAAUUGGGGAACUUACUGUGUCCACAAACACUUCCUCCAUCUCUCUGAACUGGACCUCACCUCCUGGUGCGGUGUUCACGUACAAGGUGAAGUGGCAUAAUGAUGUAGCGUGGAUGAGCAGAUACACAAACAGUACCUUUGCCGUACUAUCAGACCUGAUCCCUGGCACCAACUACAUAAUCUCAAUCGUUGCCAUCGCCGGAGACAAUCACACAGAAGGAGAAUGUAGCACAUUCUCCUCAGUCACAAAGCCUGAAGUGGUGAGGAACCUCACUGUCACUAAUAUCACAACAUCCUCUAUAUUUCUGACGUGGGCUAAACCAGAGGGAAACAGCUCCUCCUAUAGAGUACAAUGGACCGGUGGAAAUGUAACUGACAAUGACAGUGUGCCUCUAACACAGAAAAACAUUAUUAACCUGACUGCUGGUGUCCAGUAUAAAAUUACUGUUACUGCAGUGGCAGGUGAUGGCAGUACUGUUGGACAGAGUACAUCUGUUUCUCAAUACACAAGGCCUGAAAAGCCUGUGAACAUCACGAUUACAGCAAAAGGAACCUAUUACCUGAACAUCAGCUGGACUUUGCCUGCAGGGACAGUCGAUGACUAUGUUGUGAACAUUUCAAAUGAGAGACAUACUUUGUAUAGCAAUAUAACAGCAGUCACUACAGCCCUCUUUACUGAUUUAUAUCCUGGGAGAAUCUUUUUUAUCACAGUGACCGCUGUUGCUGGAAACUUUAGUGAGAUGUCUGACCAGUUUGCAUUUGCCACUGAUCCCACACCACCUGGCUCCAUCAUCUUCAGUCAGAGGACAAACUCUUCGCUCUCUCUGAAGUGGGCGACUCCUGCUUUAAUGGAGUAUGCUCCAAACAUCAGUUACUAUAUCACCUACCAGCCUGCAAAUGGAACAGUACAUAAUAUAAGCUCCUUGGUCAAUAGCACAGCGCUGAACUGGCUUUUGUCUGGAACUUCCUACAAUAUAACUGUACAAACAGUUGGACCCAUGAAUUUAUGGAGCACAGUUGUCUAUAAUUCUACUUACACUUUACCCAACCCUGUGUUGAACCUUGUAGCCAGCCCUAGUUCCACCACCUCAGUAAAAGUGACCUGGUCAUACCCGCAGGGAGCCCAGAUGUAUUACAAAUACUUGGUUCAAACCUACAGUACUGCAGGACCAGUGUUUAACACACCAGUCAGCAUUAACAACACUAAUGUACCCAACCUGGAGCCGGGAACUGGAUACAAUAUCAGUGUUACGACGAUAGCAGCAACAGGAAGUGAAUCCACGGUGGAAAACACAUUCAGUUACACAAUGCCCAAAGCAGUGACCAACCUCACAGUGGCGAAUGUCAACACCAUGGCGAUCCAGCUGACGUGGCUCAGACAAAGUGAUCAUAAGCCUUCCUACACCUACCUGGUGAUGGCGCUCCAGAACGCCACGGUGGUUCAGAAUGAUACAACUGAGACUGAGACUUAUACCUUCUUCAAUCUGACCCCUGGAACAUUUUACUCUUUUGAAGUGUUUACAGUUGUAGAAGGCGUUAUGUCCGCAGUGGAAAACACAUCAAGUUACACAAAGCCUGCUGCCGUUACUAACAUCAUAGCCAUAGGAAGCACAACAACCAUGUUAGUGAGCUGGACACCAGCAUUUGGGCAGGUGGACUCCUACACUGUCUACCUGUUCAGAGGCUCGGUGCAGUUGGUGAAAAACAGCAUGAAUCCGAGCAACACUACUGUUACGCUUCAGGGCCUGACACCAGGAGUCGUUUACUGUACAGUAGUGGUCACAAAAAGUGGACCUUUUGAGAAUAACAACUCUGUUUGCAACGCAACUUUUCCCAACCCUCCUGGACCCAUCAUGGUGACGUCUCAGACUGUGGAGUCCAUCAACUUCACCUGGCCCUUUCCAAAUGGCAUGGAUUCCCAUCAGUACAACUUCAGCGUGUCCAGCAUUAAUGGCUCCUUAAUUAGUGGAAACAACUGGUUCCUGCUGGACAACCUCCAGUCUGGAAGCCUCUACAGAAUCUCUGUUGUUACUGAAGGCGUGUUGAACUAUCGGAGCACUGCAGUGACAACAGAAAACUAUACCAGACCAUAUCCUGUAACCAAUCUGACAACGACAAACAUCACCACAAAUGCAGUGACCUUGGUGUGGGAUCAGCCAGAGAGCAAACCUAACUACUUAUAUUUAGUGCAGACCACCAACAGCUACAUUUUUCCAUCUGUGGUAGACUCAAAAAAAAUAACGAUCUCUGGACUUCUCUCUGGGAGCAACUACAGCUUCACCGUCACCACACAGACACCAGAUGGCACUAAGGCAGAUCCUGUGCCAGUGUCUUACUUUACACGUCCAUAUGGAAUUGGACAGUUGGAAGCUGAAACCUUAAACACAACUGCUGUAAGUCUGAAUUGGACGAAACCGCUGGAGUACAAGCCUGAAUACACCUAUUGGGUUAGGACUAUAGGCUGUGGGUCCCAAAACCAAACCGUCCUAGGAGAAGUCGCAGUGAUCUCAGAGCUUCCCCCUGGGACCAACUGCACCUUCUGUGUUUUUGUCAGAGCAGCAAAUGGCAUCAAAGGGGAAGCAAACUGCACCUCCCAGUACACUAAGCCUGAGGCAGUGCAACCCCGUAUCUCCAGCCAGGGCUCCAGUAGUUCAAUCCUGGUGUCGUGGACCACACCUCCUGGGAAAGUGGAGCGUUAUAUGGUUUCCCUAAACAGCAGUUCCUUUUCCCUGAACUCCACCAGUACCUCCUUUCUGUUUGGCAACUUGUCUGCUGGAAGGCUUUACACUGCCAUGGUAACCACAUAUAGUGGACCCUUCAGUGCAUCAUCUGGAUUCAUUACUAAUGCAACCUUCCCUAACCCUCCAGGGCCGAUUGAGAUCCUGUCGCAGACAACCAGCUCCAUUGAUGUCAGGUGGAAGGAAGCACCGCUGAUGGACGGUGCAUCCUUCUACUACCAGUUGACUAAACUACCAGCCCAGGGAGGAGAAAACAUCACUACCAGUAACACCAGUUAUACCAGUUAUACUUUUGGUUCCCUGCUUUCUGGAACGCCUUACAACUUCUCUGUUGCAACAGUGGGUGCGAUGGGUUUUCAGAGUGAGAGCGUUCAGAUCUACAUGGUCACUACAAGACCGUUCUGUGUGAAGAUUCUUACGACUUCUACAAAAGAGGAGAGCAUCACAGUCAUGUGGAACGAACCCGACGAAUACAAGGAAAGUUAUCGUUACCAUCUGACCUGGCGAGGCUCAGAUGGGACUAUUAGUAAUAUAACAAUUAAAGAAAUAUAUUAUACCGUCAAUAAUCUAGUUCCUGGCAGCAGCUAUGACUUUAAUGUGACCACAGUGACCUCCGAUGGAACCGAAAGUGCUCCAAGACGGAUUUCCAUCUGCACAAAUGCAAGCCCGGUGACAAACCUUACAUGUUUAGGGCCAAACACAACAAAUGCAGAAAUCCUCCUGUCCUGGACCAAACCCAAUGGCCAAAAUUUGGGCUUCCAGGUCACUGGAAACAACAUCGUGAACAACGUAAUAAAAACCUGCUGCAACUAUACUGUGUCCAACCUUCGUCACUAUACUGGAUACAAUCUGACAGUGGUGACUCAGAGCUGUGGAUUACCUAGCACUCCUAGGUCUCUUCUCUGCAUAACAGGCAUCACAAAUCCACUCAUUCCAGUGAACUAUAAGUCACUGGUGGUGGUGACCUCCACGGCAUACAACAAGUUCACCCUUCAGAUUGACCCCAACCUGCUGGAUAGCACCAGUGGGCCAAUCACACAAGUUGGGGUGCUGGUGACAAACAACUUUUCUGGUAACUCUUCUGAUUCGUUAGCGUACGUGGGGGCAACUUAUGAUCAGUGGAAGGCACGGAAAACUCUAGGAUACAUGGCAACAGUCAGCAAUAGGAUACAGGCAAUCCAAACGCGCAGCGUAGAGAGCUAUCUGAUCAUAGAAGUUGGAGAUGAAUCCACAUGGAACGGCUACACUAACGGUGCUCUGGACGCUACUGGACAUUACCAAUUUGCUAUUGUGUUGUUCACCAAACUGACUCUCGACCAAAACAACCUUGUGAAUGUUCAACUGUCACUGCUGUCACCAACAAAAUUCUACAAUACUAUUACACUCCCACAGAACCCAGCCGUAGUCACUGGCAUUGCUGUUGGAGCAACAUUGGGAAUUUUUUGCAUUCUCUUCAUCAUCCUCAUCGUCUUCAUUAUCCACUGGAAAAGGAUAUCCACAAAAGAAUCGCCCGACAUCCAGAUACAUUCAAUGAGAGCCAAAGUAAGUGUGGCUGUGAGGGUGGAGGACUACGAAGCUUACUACAAGAAGCAGAAAGCAGACUCCAACUGUGGCUUUGCUGAAGAAUUUGAAGACCUGAAGCUUGUUGGUACAGCUCAGUCGAAAACGCACGCUCUGAUGUUGGAGAACAAGCCCAAGAACCGCUACAACAACGUGCUUCCCUAUGACUCCUCUAGGGUGAAACUCUCUAUUAUCCAUGGGAGUCCAUAUGAUGACUACAUCAAUGCUAACUACAUGCCGGGUUACGACUCCAGGAAGGAGUAUAUCGCAGCUCAGGGUCCUUUGCCCAGCACAGUCAACGAGUUCUGGAGGAUGAUCUGGGAGAAGAACGUACAGACUCUGGUCAUGCUGACACGCUGUAAUGAACAGGGACGAGUAAAAUGCGAGCAAUACUGGGAUCAUGGCACCAAGCACUUUGAAAACAUCACUGUAACAACAACCUCUGUCAUACCACUUGAAGACUGGACCAUCAGGGACUUUAACAUAAAAAAUGUGAAAACAGCAGAGACCCGUUCAGUGCGUCACUUCCACUUCACAGCCUGGCCAGAUCACGGUGUACCACAAACCACCGAGCUCCUCAUCAGCUUCAGACACUUGGUCAGAGAGCACAUGGACCAAUACUCCAGACACUCUCCUACUGUGGUCCACUGCAGUGCUGGUGUUGGACGCACAGGCACCUUCAUAGCCAUUGACCGUUUGAUCUUCCAGAUCGAAAGGGAAAAUAUUGUGGACGUGUACGGCAUCGUCCACGAUCAGCGCAUGCACCGGCCCCUCAUGGUGCAGACAGAGGACCAGUAUGUGUUCUUAAACCAGUGUGCCAUGGACAUCAUCAGAUCAAGAACUGGAACCAACGUGGAUCUAAUCUACCAAAACACCGCUGCACUCUCUAUUUACGAGAACAUAGAACCAAAAAAAAAAGGGUACCCCAAUGCAUAGGCCCGAGAAACCACUAAGGUCUUCCACUUCUCUCUUUACUCUUAAUAAGAAACCAAGCAGACAUUUGCAAAGGGAACGCAGAUUGUGCUAAAAAAAAUUAUUUUUGACCUGUCAUGCUUUUGUUAAGAAUCUUGUAGCUUUAUGGGUGCCUGGGUAGCUCACCUGGUAGAGCAGGAGACCAUAUAUAAAGGCUAUCUCCUCUACGCAGCGGCCGCAGGUUUGACUCUGCUGUGUGGCCCUUUGCUGCAUGUCAUUCCCCCUCUCUCUCCCUUAUCAUGUCUUCUGCUGUCCUAUAUAAGUUAAGGCCUAAAAUGCCCCAAAAAAGAAUUGUGUAGCUUUCUGGAUGUAAACCUCUAUUUUGUGGUAUUUAUUUGGUGAAAAUGGUGAAUGUUUGACAAUAGAGGGAGCUAUACUGUAUGUGGAGAUACAAUAGGGGACAUAAUCACUUACCAAAGAUAUUUGGAUUAUAUGUAAACUUUGGUCAAUUAUAAAAUUGGAUUCCCUCUUAUAACUGCAGAUUUUUGUAUUGUUCAGUUUUUUUUAUGUUGUGCUUGUUUACUACUGUAUUUGACUUACUGAUGAUUAAAUAUUUUGCUCAGGUAUUACACUUUUGACAAAGAAAAACUUAACUUGUAAUUAAUUGAACCUUUGGUAUUGCCUUGUACAAUGAUUUGCUAGUAUAAAUACUAUGUGCCUUUUCAAAACGUGUAUGCUUUAGUGCCAGUAGGUGGCACUCCAUUAUGUUUGUCUUUUAACUGACAAAAAGGGACUGUUGCUGUAUGAUAUUACCUUGUUACAGGAACCAUAAGAUUACGUUUCUCAAUACAUCAUAUUUUAGUGAUGUUUGUCAGAUCAUCAGGCCAAUUCUAUGUGCACCUUUUAAACCAAUUUGAACUGUGCAAUGCCUUUAAAUGAAGGAGUUUUGUUUUUCAUUGUAGAGACUUGUGUAUGUGUAUGCUCUGUUGUGAAUAAUGCACUGGAUGCAUUUGUUUUUCUAUACACUGUCCACUUUUUAAUAUAUAGAGAUCAGUACCGUUGAUUACAUUUUGGCCAUGUGCUUUGUGAAACUGGAUGGAACAUUUUGCUAUCCACCCUUCAUUUGAUUGUUACAAUUUUACUUUGAUCAUUUUUCUUCUUCUUUUGAUUAAAGAGAUGGAUCACAUAACACAACAACUCAGGAACUUAAACAAUCAAAACAGAACAUUUUGCUGGGGAGAUAUGGUGUUAGAAAAUCCAUACUGCACCACUGUGUACUCUGAAGUCACACCGAUUGUGCUGGUUUUAUACAUGUCCUUCUCUACAUUGUACAUUCCUCAAAGAAACAACCAUGUUAUGCCACUUCCUGCAGCAUAUCUGGUUUAUCUAUGGACAUUUCUUGUGAUUUUAAAAUCACCAGAGGAGCUCUUUUUCAGCUUCUAAAGGGCAGAUUUUUCCAUGAGGCAGGUACGUUUUUCCAGAUAAUUGAUGUGUGUGUGGUUAGCCUGUAGAUAUAAAGAUUCCAUCUUUGUAUUUUAUCAUAAUGUACUUAAUGAUUCAAAGCACUUGAUGAAUAGUCACAAAGUUGUAGGAUGUUUUUGAAAUGCUUCAUGUGAUGUUUGCUGGUACAAUGCAAAUAAAUGUAAAAAUAGCAA